CGUGGAGAUAUAAGCAUCGCUGCAAAUGUCCUAGAAAAGUGACCUGUGUUUUUUUUUGAGACACGUGUGUGUUUAAAAACACGUUUUGUACAAAGGUCACUUUUUCUAGAACAUUUGCAGUGAUGCUUAUAUCUCCACGAAAACUCAUCAGAAGUUUCUCGGAGAUGCCCCAUUUGAAGAGCACACUUUCUUCUAUCAGACUAUGUAUAAGAAAAAAUCUUGAGUAUAUACGAAAGAAAAGAAAACUUUAUGAAACUAAAAUAUUAAGUCUUACUUUUAAGACUUCGAAGGAAAAACUCAAGAAAAUUCAAUAACUUUUGCAGGAAGCAAUAAGAGCCCAAAUCCUUUUGGGCUUUCUACUAGGACACUAUACAGUAUCUAUCGGCAAAAGAUCAUUGCAAUCGACGUUGGGCACCAUAGGUAUUAGACGCAAGCAAGUAAACACUUCUAAAACAGUCUAUUUGAUACGGUUUUAUUCGUAGAUUAUAAAUAUAGUAUGAGCUUUUACUAGAGACGGGAAAUUAAGACAGAACAAUAAUUUUCCCAGCUACUGUGUGUGAAACAGAUAGACUGUGUUCGAGACCAGUUUUUAAAGAUAUCCCUCCUUUUCUGACCCGUUGAGAAACCGACAAAGUCAUGUCUCAUCUGGCUGAAAUUUAUACCAGAGGUGGGAUAUCGAAAAAGAAAAUCUAUAUAUUUUUCUUCAAAAAUCUCUGACAUGUUCCUUUAUGGAUUAUCUAAAAAGCUUUAGUUUUCAUUCGGACAUUCACAGAGACUCAUCCUCCUCGCCCUCGUGCAGAUCUUCUGCUUUCUGCACCUGAACAAUUCUUUGUUCUGAUGAUAAUCUUUCUUGUAUUUAUAAAUUUUGUAGAUCGUAAGAAAAGAAGUUCCAAUGAGAAGAUACGUAAGUUAAAAAAGAUUAUUAAAUUAUAUUCAUCUUCAGAGAAAAGUGUUAAUACUGAGUCAGUAUACUGGCAGGAGGUCACCUAUCAUGUCAUCAAACUAAAUUUUGAAUGCUGUGUAUCUCGAGAAGACAAAAACUCGGAAACUAUUUCCGAAUAAAGUUAGAAGUAUUCAUCAAAAAAACUCAUCCAUACAAAGCCAUUGGAUUCGACUAGGUGUAGAGAAAUAAAGAAAUGUAUGAUUUACUCGAUAUCAGAACGAUUAUGCUCUUCAAAAUAGAAUGCUUCUAUCAAUGUACGAAUAAGUCACAAAAGGAAAACGAGAGAGACUUCGGUUUCUCGUCAUUUUGUAGCCAAGGUCUAACUGUAUCUUGUGAAUGAUAUGGGCAUCGGAAACUUGGAUUUUUAGAUCAUGUGCUUCGUGAAUCUAUUGAACAGGAUUAGUGUCUGCUGUUUUUCUUGCCCAUAGCAACAUCUUUGUCUGAUGGGUGUAGUUGAUAGCCCAAAGGCUGCUCCAAAAUUCACGCAAGUCCGAUCUCUUUAUCCAUCAAUAUGUUAAAAGAGACUUUCUGUUGUAGUACGAAUUGAAUGAUGAAAUGCCAAUUCUAGUUUUAUCUGGAUGAAUGAGUUUUUCAGUAUUUUCGCUUAGUAUAGUUGGAUAGAGAAAAAAUAGAAGUUGUGUGGUACAGAUACUUUUAACAUUAAUUUCUAAUGUGGUAUAUAUAGAGUGAUUUCCCAUCAUCCAUCCAUCACUGUCAAGAUAUCAUUUUCUUGUAUAAAAAAGAACAAAACAAAGAAGUAGGUAAAUUAUAAGACCACUAUUACUGAACUACCAAUACAGGCAAAAACCAAUGAUACAGAUGGAUUCAGUAAUAUUUUAGGUCCAAAGUGCUCAAGAUAGCAUUACGAUCAAAUCGAACAAAACUCUUCUAUCACAAUGAAACAUGGCCGAAUAAGGUGAAAGAUUGCUAUGGGCAAGAAAAACAGCAGACACUAGCCCUGUUCAAUAGAUUCAUGAAGCACAUGAUCUAAAAAUCCAAGUUUCCGAUGUCCAUAUCAUUCACAAGAGAGGGUUAAGCCUACAAAAUGACGACAAACUGAAAUCUCAUCAUUGCCAGUUCGAUUUAGUUUAUUCUCGCACAGCCGUAGACGUAUGGAAAAAAAGCAUUGCUAGCAGAAAAGUUUAUAACAGAAGAAUCUGCGUUUCACUAAGAAUGUAGACAGAUCGUUCUUUCGAGAUGGUCACAGAAAAAGAGACAAAAUAAAUAAUAAUAAUGGAAAAACAGAAAAGGAACCAAGAACAAUACAAGUAUCGAUAAUAAAAAUAUCAUUAGGCUCACAUUUUGAGAAAUAGUUUGGAGGACGCCUUUGAAAGCGCUGAGAGACGGUUUUGGUACUAUAUGCGCAUCAGUAGUCUGCACAACCAUACUUUUUUAGCCUCGGUCCCGUAGAAAAAACUUGUUUUUAUUCCAUACAAUUAUGUCCCAUUGACGAUUACGCAGAGCACGGUUGAGGUCCGACUAGAAAGUUUGCUGAUGAAGUAAAAAUUUUUUGUCGCCGCAAAUUCACAUCACACGAGAAAAGAUUUUGUUAAAAUAAUGUCGUUUUAUUUAGGUUUAGGUUAUGAUAUUUAUGAUGAUCAUGAUUAUGUAACACCGAAUAGAUUAUGGUGUCCAUGGAAGGAAGGUAAUUUUACGAAAGAUUUUAAAAUUAUUGAUAAAUUUACAAUUGAAAUAACUCAAACUUUAUCUACUCCUUUUGAACUGAUACUUUCGAAUAAUAAAAAUCGUAAUGCAAUUGAUAGUUACUCGAUAAAAUUAAUUGUCAGUGAAACACAAGCGUCAAUAAACAAAGUAUCGAAUAAUUCAACAUUUAUAUUAAACGAGACCAAAUAUAUUGAUACAUUUUUACAUAAAGAUCACGGUUCACACACUUAUUGGUUAAGUAUUGAUUCGAACGAUUUACUUGUUAAAUAUGGCCAAGGUGAAGUUAGAGAUAAAUUAACGAUUAUGAAAUGUAAAUUAGAUAAAGAACAUUUAAAAAACCAAAUUCAAUAUCUUCAUCUCAAAUUUAAUAAUAGCAUAGAUUUAAAUAAAUUAAAAGUAUUAGAAGAUAAAACGACAAUAAAAUUCAGUAGAUUUUCCGUUGCAAAUCAUGAUCCACCAUUGUUUAUUAUUAAACGAAGUACGCCGACAUGCGAAGUAAAGACAUGCGGUCUGGAAUUUUCGAGAUUAGCUGAACCAUAUGGAACAUUAUAUAAGGAUGUUAUUAACUGGAGAUUAGCUGAUGAAUUUGAAUUUGCUGAAGCAGCUGAAGCAAUUCAUCUAAGUGUAACAAAUCCGGAUGGAUGGUGUUAUCAAAAAUUACAAAUGAAAUCACAAACAUUUGGUAAUAAACCGAAUAUCUUAGCAACAUAUUUGAGAAUAACAAUUGGCGAAAAUAAUUUUGCUGGUAGUCGAUAUGUAUUGGAAAUUUGGCCACCUUUACAUUACAGUCCUAUUCGUUCACAUGCAAAUGCAUUUGGUAUUGUACUCGUAUUGCACGGAAAAGUAAAUAUUCAAUUAUUUCAAUCACUAAAUGUUGAACAUCGAAUACCAUUUCACAAUGCAACAUUGCGAAAAAGUAAUGUGACAUGGCUAUCACCUGGUUUAAACCAAAUUCACAAGAUAAUAAAUCCAUCACACGACGAAACAGCUAUAGUACUAAAGACCUAUCGGUAUGGUAAACAAGAUUACAGUGGUUAUGAAUAUUUUGAUUAUAUUGAUAAUGAUAACCGACAAAUUAAGUCAUUUUUACCAAAAACUGAUCUUGAAUACAGUGAAUUUAAAAAAGAAAUGAUUCGUGAAUGGCAUGAUGAUAUUGCAAAAAGAAAUAAUUGUCCGUAA